CUCAGCACGUGAGCAGCGGACCUAGUGUCCUUUUCUUACAUGGGCUGCCGCCGAUCAGCCUCUGCCAGGCGGAGUAGAAGCCGCAGCGCACGCCGCGCUAGCCCACCACGCGCUAGCCCACGGCGCAGCGCGCGACGAAGCCCACCACGGCGCCGGAGUACAAGCCGCCGACGCAGCCCUCCGCGGCGCAGCCCUCCGCGGCGCAGCCCGCCGCGGCGCAGCCCGCCGCGGCGCAGCCCGCCUCGGCGUCGCAGCAACAGCAGACGAAGCCCUCCGCGCCGCAGCCCGCCUCGCCGCAGCCCGCCUCGUGGAAAUUCACGUCGCCGCAGCCCGCCUCGGCGCAGCCCAGUCAGGCGGAGCCCUAGGCGAACGCCACCUCGGCGUAGCCCGCUCCGUCGGCCCAGCCCUCGACGCAGCCGCAGCCGCGAUGGCAGAGAGGGCCGGAGCCCUGGUCGAGGCGAUGACGGCCGUGGCAAGCUAGGCGAAACUGAUGCCAGUAAUGAUGGCAAAUUGGGUGCGACACAGGGCGACACAAAGAAUGAAGGCAGUGGCAUUCUUACCGCUGACGUAUUGGCAGAGGCUGCCAAGAGGGCCGCCCUGGCACGUGCGAAUGCCAUCAAGACGCUGCAUGCCUCAAGAGAUAGAGCUUGUGUCUUCUUCUUGCAGGGACACUGCAAGCUCUACUCCAAGUGCACCAACUUUCAUCCUUCUGAUGAGGCUGAGAAGCAGCGAUGGCUUGAUGAUUACUUUGCCACGAAGUGUAUGCUAGCCGAGCGCUGCACCACUCCGGCAUGCCUCUACAGUCACCCUGGGCAGGUGAGAGGUCAGCCGCCACCGGGUGGUACCAUAGAAGAUGCGGAACAGCAGGACGCGCAGUUCAAGGCUGAAAAGGCUGCACGAGACAAGCUGAAGGUCGCACAGGAGACGGCCAUGAGCAAAAACCAGUCUGGCGAGCAAUCUUCACACCUCUCCGAGGCAGCCAGCCACGCGGCCAUGAAGCUGGGCUUGAACCGACCCCCUCCACCACCACCACCUGAACUGCUAGCUGUUUCAGGGCAAGACCUGCAAACACCGGGUGAGGCAGCUGAUGACCCGAUGGAAGCAGAGAUCCGCCGGAUGAUGCAACAGCAGCAACAGGAAUACCAAGCAAAGCAGAUUGUCCAGGGCUCCGCUACAAUGAAGGCUGGCAGCCCAAUGCCUCCCAGUCCCUUGGCCAGAGAGUGGAAUGACAAAAGCUCCCAGGAAGAGGGCGGGUGCCCCACAACACCCGGCUCAAAUAUGUCUAGAACAACUCCUUUGUCAAAAGCUGCCAAACGAACAUCCGCAGUCAACGGAAAAUGCAGAGUAGCCCAGAUGGGAGUCACAUUGAGCGUCGUUGGCCACAGAAGUGAAACAUCAAUAAAUUUGGGUGUCCUCUUCCUGCCGAGCAUUUUUCAUUCGCUUAGUGACUCGGUUUGUUGCAACUCGUGUCCGCCUUGGUCUUGAGAAAAUUCACUCGGGCCAUGAAUGGAGAAGGGAAGCUGGCUUGGCUUUCAUAUAGAUGAACGAAUCUUGGCACCAAUUGUCAGUCCUUGCCUGUUUUCGCGGCAUGUAUGUCACGGCAUGUCAGUUGCCUGUGAGACACUUGAGAUGGAGUGGCUUUGAAGCCUAACCGAGGAUCGACAGACCGCCAACAGCCAACGUUUGACAAUGAACUCGCAACCAAGGUUUUCCUUAGGAGUUGGGCUACGAGUAAAGCGGGAUCCCUCAGUCUUUGUUUGCUUUUUGAGUAGGUUGAUGGAUUGAUGUAGAUCCCAAGUCACCAUCGGACAGCCCGCUUGCUGCUGGGAGCUGGCGACAGAGGAGAAGGGCCUCCGCCACUAGAGCCGUGUUUGGAACUCUUUCGCGGCAAAAGGCCAUUCGAGGCUGAAGUCGCCAUGGAAUGUGCCACUUGUACCGUCCAGCUGCAUGCGCAGCUGCCAAGUCCCUGAAAACUUUGAUUGGAAGACACUUCAGACUCCAAAGUGCCCAAAGUUGUUUUUUGUAUGUUUUUUGUCAGCAUUUUCAGCUGAGGUGUUGAUGGAGGAAAUGCUGGUUUUGAUCCAUCCCAGGAUGGGCAGAGAAAUGGAUCAUUAAAAGCAACCGGUGGCGGUGGGUGUAGCUGUGGCGCAUCAGGGCCAUGCAGUGGACCUUGUGGAGGAUGUGGUGCUUGUGGCUGCGGAGGAGGGCCCUGUGGAGGAUGCGGCAAGGGAUGCGGUGGAGCUUGUGGCUGUGGAGCUUGUGGAAAUCUGUGUGGUUGUGGCAGCUGUGGUGGCUGUGGCUGCGGCAGCGGCUGCGGCAGUUGCUGUGGAGGUUGUGGUGGAUGUGGAUGUGGAGCCUGUCCGAGCGGUCCAGGCGGUUGUGGAUGCUGUGGUGGCCCGUGUGGAUGUGGAGGAUGUGCUUGCGGAGCUUGCGGCGGCUGCGGUCGCUGUGGACCUCCAGGCUGUGGGCCGCCAGGCUGUGGCGGUUGUGGCUGCGGAAGCUGUGGUUGUGGUUGUGGGUGCGGCCCAGGUACUUCAGGCUGCAGUUGUGGCUGCAAAGGGGGUUGUGGGGGGUGCUGCCCUAACAUGGGUGGCAAAGGUAUGGGCAUGGGCAUGGGCGGCAUGGGUGGGAUGGGUGGCAUGGGUGGCAUGGGCUGUGGCCCAGGGUUGAUGAUGAAUUCCAACCUCAGCCCAGCAGAAGAGGCAAUGAUGUCUAAGUCAAUCACGGAGCUGAAGUCGCUGAUAACAUCAUUGGGUGGCACCAUACCGCCACCUCCCUACCUAAAGCAAGACCUGGCACGCUUGGCGGCUUCAAUGUCCCGAUAACAUCCACACGAAGAUGCAGACCGCAACGGACCGUAAAGACAGGUUCUUUGAGGGUGUGAUUUGACCAGAGUAGCCAGCACCCUGCAUUGGUGUCCAGAUGCUUGGCACAGGGCAUUGUACUACCCUUGCACCAAUUAUAUACACCAUUUCUGAGGUUUGCAAAAC